AUGGGUACCAUCGAAGCCCAAGAUGAACAUAUGGCGGCCGACGGGAGGCACCCGGGCGCAGCGGGAGCUGCGGCUCCAACGGCCACCCCACCGCGCGCGGCGCCUCCAACGCUUUCAACCGCCGGCAUCGGCGCGCGGGGCUCCGCCAACGGUUUCCAACGGCCACCCUCAGCCCCGCUGUGCCGCCGCCGCCGCUCCCCUCCAAGGGCCCUGGCUGCAGCGGGCGCGCCUAGCGCGCCCAGACGAGCCGCUACCCCGUCCCCAGCGCGGGGAGAAACGGCGCGGCAGUGCCGAGUGCCGACAGAAAACCCGCUGCCGGCCCACCCCCUCCGGCACCGCCCCGCCGGGCGUCCCAAGCAACGGCGGCCGCUUUACCUCGGCGACGCUCCGCCCCGCUGGCGGCAGCCGUUGCUCCGCGACGAGCGGAGCCGACGGCGGCUGAGGGGCAGCUUGGUGCCUCCGGCCCGGUCCGCACCCCCCGGACCAGACCGUGGCCGAGCCUCCCGGGGACCUGCCGCCCCAGGCUGUCCCGCGGGAAGGGCAGGAGCGAGGCCUCAGGGAGCACUUGUGGCCCGGACCCACCCGCCUCAGCGGGGCCCCGAGCAGCCGCCUUUUGAGGGCUUUGAGCCUGAACGAGACCCUUAUCAGCCUCAGCAGGCGGAACCGGGACCAGCUUCCUACGAGUACCAGGGGGUAAGGCAAGGGUCUGAUCAGCCACAAGGGCUGAGAAAGAGCAUCUCUCAGCCAGAAGCACCCGACGAAGACCCCUACCAAGAACAAGACCAAAGAGGAAGUGUCGGCCGGACCCAUGCACCGGGACGAGCACCGCAUCAAUCACAGACCCCAAUGCAACACCUCUAUCAUCUACGAGGAGCAGAACAAGCCUCUUAA